AACCUGACCAUGGACUUGAGGGUCAAGCUGGAAAUUGUCAUACCCUUUUUGGGCAAACACCGUCCAUUUGUUGGGCGCUGCUGCCAACAAUGUACUCCAAAGAGCUGGGAGUCUUUCUUUCACAAACACCUUACCUCUAUGGGAUUUUGCGAUGUAAUCAAGAUAACAGAAAAAAACACCAGGUACAGAGGCUGGCUUGUAAGGAGACUGUGUCACUUCCUAACUGUGUGUGACUGGAAGCUUUCCGCCGAAAUGCCCCCCAGUCUCCAGGAAAGGCUCUUCCGCACCCAAAGAGUGCAAGAUGUUGCGUCUCCAAAAGGCGCAGGAGAUGCUCCAGGGACCAGCCUGUCUGCAGAACAGUGGAUGAAAGAGAUCCAGAGAAUCCUCCACCAGAUACAAGCCUCCCUCUCCCCGUUCUUCUUGAGGUUCUGUCAUUGGGUUCUGCUAAAAUUCCUGAACCAGAUGUUCCUCAGAGUGAUAGUCCACAAAGGGCAGCUGGAGAUGGUGCGCAGAGCAGGAGAGGUGGCUAAUACCCCAAUGGUUUUUCUUUCAACUCACAAAUCUCAACUUGAUGGGCUGUGGCUUCCUCUCCUGUUCAUCUCCCAGGGCAUAUCUAUGCCUAGAGUGGCUUGGGAGAACAAAACCUUCACUCCAACUUGCAGGGCCCUGCUGGCCUCUCUGGGAGGGGUGUUCCUGCCCCAGGGAGUGGGGCAGAGAAGGGGCAGUGAGGAAGGUGCCCUCGCCAGAGCUGUGGUGGCUGCAUACGUUGAAGAACUACUCCUGAGCAAGCAGCCCCUGCUGAUCUUCUUGGAAGAGGUCUGUUCUGGGUUACAGCAGCUCUCCCCCUCCAGUCGAGCAUGGCUGAGCCUGGUGCUCAACGCUUAUCACGCUGGCACCGUCCCGGACGUCAUGAUAGUGCCCGUUGGCAUCUCCUAUGAGGGAACUCCUGACUGCAUUCAAAGGGGGUGGGAGAACCCCACCCAGACUAUUGGACUCUGGGCCACCGUGUGGAGACUCUGCCAAGCAGCUUGUCGAGGACUGGGCUAUGCCCGGAUCGAUCUUGCUCAGCCCUUCUCUUUGCAGGAGUUUGUGAUGAACAGCUUUUUCCGGCAGAGCAGCUCCAGAAAGCCCCUGAAGGAACUCCUCUUACCUGAAAUUCUCGGCAAGUGCUCCAGCAUUCUGGAUUAUGAGAAAGUUGAAUGUUGGCCUGCGAGCUCCCAGGACAUCAUGGCACUGACAAUAGAGGAACAAGUUUUGCUAGACAAUUUGAGCCUACACACUUUGAGUGCAGGUACGUUGUGCUCAGCCAUCACGGUGGUGGAGAUCCUGUCUGCACUUCUGGUUCACAAGCACCAAGAGGGAGUUCUUUUUUCUCAACUAAUGCGUGACUUUGUUUGGAUCACCGAAGAGAUCCUGUUGCGCAACUGUGACGUGGCGUUUUCUGGCCGGGUGCGCGAUGUGGUGCUUCAUGGUCUGUUCCUGCUGCGAGAUUGCAUUUCCCUUUAUAGCCUCUCAUUGGGGGAUGUCUUGGUGGCUCCCAAGAAGACCGAGGCAGCCAUCAGGGAGUUGAGCCAGCAUAGCACGGCUCUGUUGCCUGUCUUCAUCCAGGAGGCUGUUGGGGCUUGUUCCAUCAACGCCCUCCUGGUGGAGAUGCUGCCCUAUUUGGGAAGCCCCGAGCAGCUUGGAGAUGUUGUCCUGGCCCAGGAAGAACUUCAUAGCAAGUCUGUCCUGCUGGUCCAGCUGCUGCCCAAAGAUUUCCUCCUACGCCAGCCCUGCCAGUCUGUGUACUACUACUGCCAGGAGGCGGUGGACAAGCUGGUUCAGUGUGGACUGCUGGUGGCUGAGGAGGUGCCCAGCGAUCACGUGGUGUGUGACACAUCCCAGACGGCCUUCACCAAGAAGCUCCUGUGGAAGGCAGCCGAUGACUUUGGCGACAGUGACAGUGACUACGGGGACAAGGCUGGGAAGCCCUGCUUCAAAGUAAGUCAGCUGGAAGGUUGCUUCAACCUUUUUGUGUUCCUCUGUUGCCUCCUUGGCCCUCUGCUGAAGACUUUAGAGAAAGCCGUUGUCUUCCUUCAAGAGCAGGAUUUCCCUCAGCCAGAAUGUUUGUACGUGGAGGAGCUAUACCAGGUCUUGGUGAGGCUAGCAAGAGAGGACCGUUCCUUUGAAUGUGCCAAUAGGACCUUGACUGCCAGUGCCCUUCGUAUCUGCAAAGAAUUAGGGGUGUUCAGGGAAGUGACAGAAAAAGAGGAACCGAUUCUUCACCUCUCUGAAACUUUCAUUGCCCGAGAAAAUCAAAAGAAACUGGAGAAUUUCGUCCAUCAGUUUAUCUACUAGCUCCUUUAAUAGGUCUUCACUUAAUAGGCAGAUGUGGCUUCAAGGUUCAUGGUGGAAAACUGGAUAAGAGAAUUACUCCCCCACCCCACCCCUAUUUUGAUUGUUCUUUUGUUAGCGGCUCUAGUCUUGAAAUGUUUUCCAGGAAGAGGGAAUUUUGAGCCAGUUCAGUUAAUAAAAUCCAUUAGCAUUGAA